AUGGACACCACCACACAAGCAACGUCUCCCGGCCGAACGCGGCACCGCUCAUCGAAUCCCUCGAGCGCGCCAGCCGCUCCACCAACAUAUGGCUACCACAACACCUUUCACACCCAUGCGCAAUUGCCCACCGGCUCUCCGCCAUCCUUCGCUCGCGCGACCGAUCCCAAGGUCCUACAACAUCUAGACGCGAGGACGCGGAACGAGCAACAGGUCGUCCGCGACAAUGUUCUACCGCCAUCAUACAACUGUACCGUCGAGAUUGGAGGAGUUGUGGGCAUAAAACAAGAGCUCUCGUCGCCCUUCCAGGUCUCGGGGCACCGUGAAUGGUCCGAUGCCUAUGUUGUUCUUCGAGGGACGCAGUUGAACAUACACCGCGUAAAGCACCCGAGUCUUCUUAGCAAGAAUCGACUUCCAAGUGCAGGACGACUCAUGAGAACAUAUACGCUACAGCAUGCUGAAGUGGGCGUCGCCUCGGAUUUCAAGAAGACGCCGUUAAUACUGAAGAAUCCGUUUGGGCACCUGGUGCCCAGCUCAGCUCGAGCAAAGCUCUACGAAACCGAUCCACACAUGUUCGAACCAGUGCGGGAACAUGCGAUCCGAAUGCGUCUGGAACUGGAGCAAUUCCUUCUGUGUCCAUCGACGGAAGAAGAGAUGCUGUCUUGGAUCGAAGCCCUUUGCGCCGCAAUCGACAUCAGCUCCCCACUCGAAGACCGCAGCGAGCCCCGCUACCGAAGUCUCCCGCGGAGAGGCAGACGACAACGCCUGCUGGACAGCGCGCAAGUGGGAGAGAAUCUCGACAAUCUCCAGAGCCUAGAAGCCGGUCGACGCAUCAUUGCGCAGCAAGAGCAGAUUAUCCGCCAGCUUUAUCCACAUCUCGCCGUUACCCGGGAACCAGGUCCAUUAGCGAGCGCCCCUCCCGCUGCAGUUGAUCUCGAACUCGAGGAAUUUGAUCCAGAAGAUGUUCGCUUUCCGACAAGAUCGGCGAGGAACUCUUUAACGCAGGGUUCACCAUCGCACGAGUAUGAGAAUGGCGAUGUUGAGCGCCCCUCGACUAGCAGCUCGGCUGACCCGAAACUCGCGCCGAGACUAAGGCCUACUCCAUCACAGGCUCUUCGCUAUCGCCGGCGUUGUGCUCCGGUUCUACUUGCUUCGUCGCCACGAGUCAGCGAUGUCGUCUUCUGUGCUGGCAAGCGUAUGCGUAUCAACGUCAAGGACCAUGUCUUGAUCGAGUACAAAUCGCAUCCACCGCGCUACGAUACACACAAGUUUCCCAAGUCCAAGCGCCCUACGAGGAACCCUGCGAGGAUUGCCACCGAUCGGGCUUCAACUACACAUGUUGUGGAAAAGACAAUGCCUGCUACAAUUGGACCCUUGCGACCUGGAUCGCCUAUUCGUGGCGUGACAGAUGACUCGAUUACUUCCAUCUCGUUUGACGAGGAUUUAACACGGGCUCGCUCAGAGCAGCAUGGCGAGGACACUGGGUCGUCCACUCCACCCUCGCCGACUGCCAUGACACACACCAAAGCCGACGCAGCGCGCCAGCUAGAGAUCAUGGGCAAGAGAAGAAGCGAGGACGGCCGCGAGACUGGCCUCAGUACAGUUUCCCUGGGGGUGACACUGCUCUUUUGA